GCGGGCAGCGCGGGGAGGGGGACUGCCGCCGAGGUGUCGGUGUUUCCCGGCGAGUGAUGGCGCCCCCCGCGGCCUAGACGUCGAGGCCCGCGGCGAGCCGCAGGCGGCCCUGGGACCCGUCAAGAUGUCGGUGCCGCUGGCCAAGCUGUCCUGCGCGGCAUAUCAGUGCUUUCAUGCCUUAAAAAUUAAGAAAAGUUAUCUACCUCUGUGUCAUGCAAGAUGGUCUUCAACCUCUGUUGUACCUCGAAUUACUACCCACUAUACUAUUUAUCCCCGGGAUAAGGACAAGCGAUGGGAAGGAGUGAACAUGGAGAGGUUUGCAGAAGAAGCAGAUGUAGUUAUAGUUGGUGCAGGCCCUGCAGGACUUUCUGCAGCUGUUCGUCUAAAGCAAUUGGCUACUAAACAUGAAAAGGACAUCCGUGUGUGUCUAGUAGAGAAAGCUGCUCAAAUAGGAGCUCAUACUCUCUCAGGGGCUUGCCUUGAUCCACGUGCUUUUGAAGAAUUAUUCCCAGACUGGAAGGAGAAGGGAGCUCCACUGAAUACUCCAGUAACAGAAGACAGAUUUGGAAUUUUAACAGAGAAAUACAGAAUUCCUGUGCCAAUUCUCCCAGGUCUUCCAAUGAAUAAUCAUGGCAAUUACAUUGUACGCUUGGGACAUUUAGUAAGCUGGAUGGGAGAACAAGCAGAAGCCCUUGGUGUUGAAAUAUACCCUGGUUAUGCUGCUGCUGAGGUCCUUUUUCAUGAAGAUAGUAGUGUAAAAGGAAUUGCCACUAAUGACGUAGGGAUACAAAAGGAUGGUGCACCAAAGACAACAUUUGAGAGGGGACUAGAACUACAUGCAAAAGUUACAGUUUUUGCAGAGGGUUGCCAUGGACAUCUAGCCAAACAACUGUAUAAGAAGUUUGAUUUGAGAGCCAAUUGUGAUCCUCAAACCUAUGGAAUUGGACUGAAGGAGUUAUGGAUUAUUGAUGAAAAGAAGUGGAAGCCAGGGAGAGUGGAUCACACUGUUGGCUGGCCCUUGGACAGACACACUUAUGGAGGCUCCUUCCUCUACCACUUAAAUGAAGGCGAACCCCUGGUAGCCCUUGGUUUUGUGGUUGGUCUAGACUACCAGAAUCCAUAUUUGAGUCCAUUCAGAGAGUUCCAGAGGUGGAAACACCAUCCUAGCAUUCAGCCAACACUGGAAGGUGGAAAAAGGAUUGCAUAUGGAGCCAGAGCCCUGAACGAAGGUGGCUUUCAGUCUAUACCAAAACUCACUUUUCCUGGUGGUUUACUAAUUGGUUGUAGUCCUGGUUUUAUGAAUGUACCCAAGAUCAAAGGUACCCACACAGCAAUGAAAAGUGGAAUUUUGGCAGCAGAAUCUAUUUUUAAGCAACUAACUAGUGAAAAUCUCCAAUCAAAGACAAUUGGACUCCAUGUAACUGAGUAUGAAGACAAUUUAAAGAAAUCAUGGGUGUGGAAAGAGCUAUAUACUGUUAGAAAUAUAAGGCCGUCCUGCCAUGGAAUACUGGGCGUAUAUGGCGGGAUGAUUUACACUGGAAUCUUUUACUGGAUAUUUAGAGGAAUGGAGCCAUGGACUCUAAAGCACAAAGGUUCUGACUCUGAUCAGCUCAAGCCAGCCAAGGACUGCACACCUAUUGAGUAUCCAAAACCAGAUGGACAGAUCAGUUUUGACCUUCUGUCGUCUGUGGCACUGAGUGGUACUAACCACGAGCAUGACCAGCCAGCACACUUAACCUUAAGGGACGACAGUAUCCCCGUAAAUCGAAAUCUGUCCCUAUUCGAUGGACCGGAGCAGCGCUUCUGCCCUGCAGGAGUUUAUGAAUUUGUACCUUUGGAACAAGGUGAUGGAUUUCGGUUACAGAUAAAUGCUCAGAAUUGCGUACACUGUAAAACAUGUGAUAUUAAAGAUCCAAGUCAGAAUAUUAACUGGGUGGUACCUGAAGGUGGUGGAGGACCUGCUUACAAUGGAAUGUAAACUGCAACUGAUUGCAUUUGCGGCACGUUUGAUAGUUUCCUUAAAAUGUAUGGCAAGGUAACUUUACAUAUUUAGAAGUCAACAGGUGUCAAAAUAGUUUACCGUGUAUUACUCAUCAGAAUGUUCAUAAAAUUAUCAAUGAAAUAAAAACUUUAUACCUAUAAUCUAAAUUU